GACACCGUUCAUGUACUAUUCCCUUCUGCAUAUUCUUCUGUCGAUCUACAAUCGUCGUUAUCCUAGGGCACUCGCGAAGACGUGGAGUUCCGCUGUUUGAGUUUGACUUCGCAGUGUGCGAUAUUACACCACGUUGUUCAAGCACUAUUCUACCUACGAUUGACAUUUCAUUUCACAUCCGUGGGUACUGAGGUUGAAUCGUGACACUGGCACUGACAGACCCAGUUAACGUCUUUCUAUCUCGAGGCGCCGGAUUCCACAUAGCAUUCAGAACGCAUUUUCUCAGACUCCCCGUUUUGCAGCAUGUCCGCUCUACCGACAGCGAGUCGUGGCCGGCACUUUUUGUGACAACGCUGUGCUUAUCCGGACGUUGAGCACUCCAGGUUAAGGGCAGCUAAAGGUGCCUAUUCGCCCUUCCCGUUUCUCUGGUGCUGUUGCUACCGUUGAAUGUCUUGUGACGUCUUCUCGGACUUGAACCGUUGAAGUCAUGACAGGAAAGGCAAACGGAAAUGGUCGCAGUCGCACCCGAUCACCUCGUCCCUUUCGAUGAGGGUAAACACAUGGUGAAUAUCUCAAUUCUGAAUGGCACGUUUCUGAUACGUGAACGUUUUGAUGAUGUUAUGAGAUGGAACCAUGUCGGAUGUAUUUACCCUCUACAAGGUUCUCCAUCACUAUUUAAAGAGUCUCACUGGUCCGCAUCACAAGUCAAAUCCACUUUCUAGGAACUCUUUUUGGGGGUGGUCGUCUCAUCAGUGUCGAUCCCGUAAUGUCUCCCAUCGACAAGUUUCAGCUUCCUAGUGUUCAGCAGAAUGUCAUCGAACAAAUCCGAUCACUGAAGUUCGACCACCGGAUCAUUCACGACGAUUUCAUCUGCGUUCAACGAUCAUUGGAGGGUGUCAGCACCUGCGUCCGGUGGUCGAAGCUCAAACGAUGUCAGCAGAUGAUCAUCGCUUGGAAGGGACUGCAUCAGGACUAUAUCUCUCUAGUGUGGAAAUCUAAAGACGUCGCUGGAAUGGCGCGGUCCACUGCAAUCGACUUUGUUGAUGUUGUGAUUCCUACCAUUCUGCAAAACGCGGAGCUAAGCAUCGAGCAAAAGAUGGAUACGAUGCACGACUACAUGAAGCAUCUCGAAAAUGAUGGAAAAGAAUCAAAAAGUCUCACCGACGGAUUCCUGAAGUUAAAGAGAGAUGUGGAUGUCUUUUGCAAUCAAUGGAAUGAUCUCAUAAAGGAGCAUCGGUUGCUCCGCCUUGUCACCCAAAGUAAGAAAUGUGAACAGCGUCUGGUGGAGCUGGACGCCCAGCUCAAGCCCCUCCAGUUCAAAAUUGCCGCUCUCAAGAUAGCAGUUCAAGUUGUCACUGCUACGCGAACCCUGAUCUCAUUAAUGGAUGGUUCUGCUAUGGGUCGAACGGCUGGUGGUGACGUCGCUCCGACACGUCUCAAGCAGGCUCUUUCUGAAGCAGACCUUGAGAUACAAAAUCUUAGACAAAAGAAUGCUCGCCAUUUGCAAGAUGUUCAGGAGCUCGACACACAGAGCACAGAGCAUAAGAUUCGCGACAUUGCGGCUAAACUUGGCGUUAUUGUCUCAGUGUGGGCUGCAAUAGUGGCUGAUUUGACUCUUGUCAGCGGCCUGCUUGAGCACGCAGUUCGCAGCCCAGAAAAUCCGACUCUCCAGGGCCUCUUCAAUGGACGCCUGAAACAAAUUCACAACCACUAUCGUGGUCUUGCCGAAGUAUUCCAUGAGUUCCAAGUUGCCUUGAACGAUACGUCCCUCCCGGCGCUUCGCCGAUCUCGUGAACGGAUUCUUUAACUGGCUAUCUCGAUGUGUCGUCUUGCGGGCUGGUUUCUCGGAAUAGAAGGAUUCACUCCCUAUGACGCUCAAAUGCAACGAUAACAAAGGUUGACGUCUUGUUGCCUGUUUUAAUUAUUGAAAUGCAAUUCGCUCUCCGCUACCCUUUCCCAAAUCUACCUUAUUAUGUUUCAGUUACCUUGCCUUGUACAUUUCCGUGAUGCGCGUGUACUUUUUGCUUCAAACGCGGAAUGACGGUCAUAUCUCUGGCUUGCGUGGUGUUC